AUGCCGUCAAGGUGCCAGACUCCACCCAUGCGCUCACAAAUGACUAGGGUGGUGCCACGACAAGCCGGAGACCUUGUUAUGCUCACGCCUCCUCCGUCUUCUUAUAGUCACCGUUCUUCCCUUGGAAGCGCCUCUGCAGCUUCGGACACGCACUCUCUCCAACAACUUGCAUCCACGACCAAGACACAGAGACGCAUCCACCACACGGCAUCAAAGCCUAGCUACCUUUUACCUCACUUGUGGCGUCCACACACACCACACACACACACCCAUUCGAGUCCAGCACUCCAAUCAUCUACCAACAUGUCGUUCGACUGGGAACAUCAGUUCUGCCUGGGUUGCGACAAGCAAACCGACGGCGCCACCUACUGCUCCGAAUCAUGCCGCCUGGCCGAUUACGAGAGGACAUCACCGUCAUCACCAAGCUCUGUCGUGAGCUCGGCAGCGGGCUCUCCGGCGUCGAGCAGCUUCCCGUCCGACUGGACCCUGUCGUCGAGUUCAACAGCAUAUAACAACAGCACCAAGUUCUACCUGUCCCCGGCGUACGAUUUCGCCCUCGCCCAGUCGAGCUCUCGCAGGGGAUCUACCCAGAUCCAAACCCUCUCGCCCUCGGCGUCACACGCCAGCCUUUGCUCGAUGCGCAGCAACUCGUCUGCGGGUCUCGAUGCUACUCAGCUGUCCGAGAAGGCAGCGAAGGAGCUCCGAGCCUACGCCCGCUCGUUCGAGUCCGUCCGCCUCCAGCGCAGGCGCUCGGCGUAAACCCGAUGACCGAUGGUCUCGAGCUUUGACAUCCUCCACUUACUUCUAACGUCGACCCUACCCCACCACACUCGGUCGAACAUCGCAUCCAGUCUCUCUCUAGAGAGACAUCACACAACUCGCUCAUCUAUUACAUCAUCUCCUUUGUCAUUCGGUUCACGAUCUUGUUGUACCAGAAAAAGUUAUCUGCAUGCAUCGGAGCACAGCAUCAUAAAAAAAGUUCUUGUUUGGGGGGGGGGGGGUAUCCAAGGGUUGGGUCUACAACUGGUUUUUGACAUUGGCUUUUUGGGGUCUUGGGACAAGGCGUCUAUGGCAGGGUUUUACAGUCACUGGAAUAGGGCGAGAGAUAUUGUGUACUAAGCAGCGAUACAUCUCUUUCGGGGCGGGCAUUGUUUUCCUUUUGCUUUUGGGUUCUCUUGCAUAUGGGCGGUCUUGGGCAGGUGGGAGCCACACGGGCAUCAGUGUUGGGCAAGGAUUGCUGGACCUCGGUUUGGCACAGGAAUAACUCGAAAUUUGACAUUGGACACGGCUCUCUUGCAAGAGAGCUGUGGGUUCUUGACAUGAC